UCAGAAACUACAAUCCCAGAAUGCCUUGCCACUCUGGCAGCAUUUCUUGUCGACGUGGGAAGGGAGGGAUUCUGACACAAACAAAUGUCCACGGGUUUGAUGUCGGGCUCCGUUACAGAUAACCGUGACAUGUUAGGUGGAUUUGAUAGAUAACUCCAUGACAUUUGAAACAUGUGGCUCAAACCUGACGAGAUUCUGCUGAAAAACGCGUUUAAAUUAUGGGUCACCGAGAAGGAUAAUGAGUACUUCGUACUGCAAAGGAGACGAGGGUACGGAGAAGGUGGAGGCGGUUUGACAGGCCUCCUUGUGGGAACUCUGGAUACUGUGUUGGACUCCACAUCCAAAGUUGCUCCCUACCGCAUUCUACACCACACACCAGACUCACAAGUGUAUUGGUCAAUAGCAUGCGGUGUCACCAAAGAGGAGAUUGGUCAGCACUGGGAUUGGCUGCAGCAGAACAUCAUGAGGACGCUCUCUGUUUUUGACUCCAGCGAAGACAUCACCAGCUUUGUACAGGGCAAGAUCAGAGGUCUUAUCGCUGAGGAAGGGAAGAUGUCCCUGGUGCUGGAGGACGACCCUGAGAAGUUCCGAGAAGCCCUUUUGAGGUUUGAGAAGUGGUUUGAGCUGCCACCGGAGGAAAAGCUGGUCACAUAUUACUCAUGCAGCUACUGGAAAGGCAAAGUGCCCUGCCAGGGCUGGCUCUACCUCAGUUCAAACUUCCUGUGCUUCUAUUCAUACCUGCUGGGAUCUGAGGUGAAGCUUGUCAUCUCCUGGGAUGAGAUCUGGAGGCUGGAGAAAACCUCUAAUGUUAUUCUGACUGAGAGCAUCCACGUCUUGGCUCAUGGGGAGGAUCACUACUUCUCUAUGCUGCUGCACCUUAAUGAAACAUUUAUUAUCAUGGAACAGCUGGCUGACUACUCCAUCAAGCGCCUUUUUGAUAAAGAGGCCUUCCAGAGAGAGCCGGCGCUCUCCGACCCCCUGCAAAUUACCAAGAGAGGCCUGGAAGCUCAUGCAAAGAGUGAGCAGUUCCGGACGUUUUUCAGGCUUCCCAGAGAGGAAAACCUGUUAGAGGUGCAUGAGAGCUUCCUGUGGGUGCCCUUCAGCCAUUUUAACACACUUGGCAAGAUCUGUCUGUCUGAGAACUACCUGUGUUUCGCCAGUCAGGAUGGAAGCCAAUGCCAUGUCAUCAUUCCAAUGCGAGAGGUUGUUAAUGUUGAGAAACCAGAAUCCAGCAGCAGAGCUUUAACGGUGUGUGUGCGUGGCAAGAGGGCGCUGCGUUUCACUGAGGUGCGGGACUACCAGCGGCUUGCCAGCACAAUCCGUAGCAGGUGUGGGAUUAGUGCCAGCCCUCAGCACUCUGCUUCGUCAGAGGCCAUACGAGGCGAGUGCCAGUCACUCAUCAACCACUUUGAGGACAACCCAGAGGACGUAACACUGAUGGUGGGACAGAAAGACAGCAGCAAGGCUGUAAGCACUGAGGCUCUCAUGACUGUUUUCCACCCCCAGGAUGUUGAAAACCUUGACCCCAAAAUGCUUAAAGAAAAGAUGAAGGAACAGUCUUGGAACAUCCAUUUCUCUGAAUAUGGACGUGGCACGAGUAUGUUCUUCAACAGGAAGACACGAGACUUGAUUGUUCGUGGUGUUCCCGAGGCCUUGAGAGGAGAGCUGUGGAUGCUUUUCUCAGGAGCUGUGAACGACAUGGCCACUCUCCCCGGCUAUUACAGCGAGCUGGUUGAACAGUCUCUGGGCACAAGCACUUUGGCUACAGAUGAGAUUGAGAGAGACUUACACCGCUCUCUACCAGAGCACCCUGCCUUUCAGAGUGACACAGGAAUCUCAGCUCUACGCAGAGUCCUUACUGCCUAUGCAUACAGGAAUCCUAAAAUCGGCUACUGCCAGGCCAUGAACAUUCUCACCUCAGUUCUCCUGCUCUACGCGAAAGAAGAGGAGGCUUUCUGGCUCUUAGUUGCCGUCUGUGAGAGGAUGUUGCCGGAUUACUUUAACCGCCGAAUUAUUGGCGCUUUGGUUGACCAGGCGGUGUUCGAGGAUCUGAUUCGAGAAAACCUCCCGCAGCUGGUGGAGCACAUGACAGACCUGAGUUUCUUCUCGUCCGUGUCCUUGUCCUGGUUUCUCACUCUCUUCAUCAGCGUCCUGCCCAUAGAGAGUGCUGUGAACGUGGUGGACUGUUUUUUCUACGACGGCAUUAAAGCCAUUCUGCAGCUCGGCUUGGCAGUGCUGGAUUACAACAUGGAGGCUCUGAUCAGCUGCCACGACGACGCGGAGGCCGUCACCAUCCUCAACAAAUUCUUUGACAGUGUGACAAACAAAGACAGUCCAUUGCCUCCAACUGUGCAGCAAGCUUCAGUGGGCAAUAACGAUAAAGCGUCCCACUUCAACGUGGAUAUCAGCGAACUGAUCCGAGAGGCCUACGAGAAAUAUGGGAAUAUCCGUUCAGAGGAUGUCGAGAGUUCACGGAAAAGAAACAAACUGCAUGUGAUCCAGACACUGGAGGAUACAACCAAACAAAAUGUUAUUCGGGUGGUGUCCCAAGAAGUCCGAUUCAGUGCCUCACACCUUGAUGAGCUUUAUAACUUGUUCAAAAGGCAGCAUUUCCUCAGCUGUUACUGGACAAUGAAGAGUCCAGCUCUGCUCCAUCAUGACCCCAGCCUGGCCUAUUUGGAACAGUACCAGUUGGGUUUCCAACAGUUCAGCGUGCUCUUCUCCCUGCUGGAACCCUGGUCUUUCUGCACCACCAAGAGCACCCUCUCCCUCUGGAUCUUCCGCCUGAUAGACGAGAACCAGGACGGCCUUGUCAACUUUAAAGAGUUCUGCAGCACCCUUGAUACUUUGUACAGUGGAUCUUUCACAAAUAAGCUGAAAUUCCUCUUCAAGCUGCACCUGCCACCAGCUUUUACAGGUAGUCCUUUGCACUUAAAGGAACAAAGAAUCCAGCACUUUAUUCCAGUGACUGAAGACUCUUCUCACUUGAGUAGACUCGCUGCAUUUGAUCUUCCUGAAGAUGGUGUGAUAAGGAAAAGCCCUGAAAGAGGAAGAGGAAAGGUGGAUCUGCAGGCCUACCUGAAACAAUGGCAAAAUGAAAUACUUAAGAAAGAGGAAACCAUCAGGGACCUACCCCGAAUUAAUCAGGCUCAGUUUAUCCAGUUCUCCAAGACCCUUUACAACAUUUUUCAUGGUGAUCCAGAAGAGGAGUCUCUGUACCGAGCUGUGGCCCAUGUGACCAGCCUCCUCCUGAGGAUGGAAGAGGUGGGACGGAGGCUGCAGGAGUCCACAAACCCUGCCAACACUGCUGCUGCUACUGCUGCUGCUGAUGCGGAGGAGGAGUCUUCAACCGAAGAACCUUCUACCACCCCAGAGAGCUCUGACACCUCCGGCUCCCACCACAUUCAGAAUGCAGGGCUCGACCUCUCAGAGAUGGAGUGGUCAUUUUCGUUUGAGCAGGUCCUGGCUUCUCUGCUCAACGAGCCGGCCAUAGUCAGCUUCUUUGAAAGGCCUGUCGACGUUCAGGCUAAACUGGGACAAGCUAAGGUUGCCCAGCUGAAGCUAAAGGCAAAUAAGUGAAAGGAUACAUAAUUGAAUUGAUACUUUUGAUUCAAACCCACAAGUCACCAUGAAUUUCCUUUCUCCACUCAUAUAGGGCAGUGGGUUUUGGCGAGGCAGACAGUAAGAUUACUGUUAAAGUGGUAUCUUAAAAGAAGAGGAGAAAUCAGAUUUUAAAAUCUGGGGUGCAAAGUGUUUGUGUGUGUGUGUGUGUGUGUGUGUGUGUGUGUGUGUGUGUGUGUGUGGUGGCUUGGAAGUUCAGGCAGAUGAUGAUCAGCAACGAUGGCUGAUGAAACAAAUAAGGCACAACAUCUUUAAGACAUUGUAAACACUGUUGUAACAGUCUACUGACCAACACCUCAUCAUAACAUAUGUAGGCUAUUGUUCCUCAAAUCUGAUUAUGCAUUUUCAACCUUGGUGAUGACAUUCAUUCUCUCAUGUAGCCUCAGAUUCUUUGCUUUUUAAAUUUAGUUAAAAUAUUUUCCCCCUAUAUGCCAUUGAGCACAUACAGUAUAGUUUUGUAUUGUAUAAGGGACAUUCAAUACUGUCCCCUGUAUUCAGAAACAUGACAGAAGAGUUUGUCCUUCCCUCUGUCGCUGAUGUCAUGCUGAGGUACAACUCCAUAACAAAUGACAUAGACAAGAGUCCACAGGAAGAUUCUCCUUCUGGAUAUCUUGAUAUGUUUUCUCUUUCAGAUUACUAGUCACUGCUGUAGUGAAACACUAAAUGCUAAUGUGUCCUGUGACUUCAAUGUCUCCUGUUCUUGGGCAAUAUUAGUGUUAUUCUGUAAACAUCAACUUAUUGUGAAAUACACCAGCUUUUCAGUUGAACGAGCACAGAAUAAAAAAUAGUACAGUGAGUAAGGACAAGCAGUAAUGUUGUCCCUGGAAGCCAUACAUUGAUUUCAGAGAUUAUCUGAAUGAGGAUGUCAGAUACAUUUUAUUAAGAGCAGAGAAGAUUCAGUUAUGGUACCAUACAUUUGCAAUAAUAUGAGGAUGCCGUACUGCCAUUGAGCACUCAUCUGUCUUGUUCCUCCAACAGCAGCACACGCAGUAACAAUAUUAUAGCAUGACUUUAAGUGUGUCAUACUGGAAACUAUGAUUUGUAAAGGUAAAGUAGUUUGAUUCCACAGUGCUGCUGUAAUGAAGUCUCCUGCGUCCGCUUCUGAAAAUAAGCUGCGUGUGAUCUUCACAGUGCGAUCGGUUGAUGUACUGUUUGCUUAUGUCUGUCUUACUGUAUAUGUAGGAUGUUAUGCUCUAGUAUAAGUGCAGCAUUUUGUACAUAAAGGUCAGUUCAAUAGUCGUUUGAUUAUUGUAUUUAUGAGGCUUGUAUUGACAAUGUAAGAUAUGAGUUAGUGGACUGUUGUGGACACAACUUAAACCUUUUGAAGGACAUUUAGUUUCAAAUCUCAGGGUGCAAUUUGUGUAAAAUAAAAGGGAGAAAACGGAUAUUUUUUUGACCUGGUACAUGUAAAGUAUAUGACUGAGUUAUAUAUAGCGUACAAAUGUCUGUAACAAAAAUAUAGAGCAUGUGUAGCAUAGUUACAGGACUUGCCACUUUGUGCUAGCCUCCAAUGAACAGCAACUAUUACUGCUCGCUGCAGAAAGCCAGAUUUGAUUUACAGUAUUUCAGUUGUUUUCUUUUUGUUUGUGCAUUUUCUGCUUUCUUUCUUUGUUUUUUUCUCUAUCUUCAGGGAAUCAUUUGCACAGUUGUUUGAGAUUCACAAGUUGUAGAUAUGCCUGUAUCUCUGCCAGAUCUCAAAGGCUUUGUAUUCCAAAAGGUCACGACCGCUUCAGCUGCAGCUUGUCAUCUCCAGGGGCCAAAUUCACAAAUUUAUAGGGCUUUAUCUCUGCUUGUUUAGGGAGAAAGUGUUUUAGAAGCUCCUUAAGCGCAAGUGAAAUUCUCUGUUUUCUAUAUUUUUUAUUGUUUUGCCAUUUGCUAGGAACGUUUUGUUGUUAUUUUCUUAAGUAAGUCCUUAAUUUUCACUUCAGAUUUUAGGACCAAUCUGAAAUGUAUUUCAUUGUGUAAUUAUCGGGUUAAUUGACAUAUAUUGUUGAAGUGAGUUGUAUAUACUCAUUGAAAGUAAGCAUUUUGCACACAUCCAUUACUCAUUGGAACAAAAAAAAGAAGAAGAGACAAAUCUGUUUACAUGACUAAUGUAAAAUAAAUAUCAAAAUACACCCCAUUCACCUUCGACAUGUUGUCACUCCUUAAAUCCAAAGCUCCAUGACUGACUUCAGUACUUAAAGCCAUAAUGAAACAGUACUGAGGUGGCAGAGUUUCAACAGGAGAGCUCAGCCUGGGGCUUCAGGAGCUGAGCAGCUGAUCAUGUUGCAGCCUUUCAAAACAGCAACUCUAUUUGCAUUAUUUAAAACAAUCACAUCUGACCAUGGUCUGACUAUUUCAGCACGACUGUUCCCCUGCAAUUUCAUGCUGCAUUUUUAACAUCUCCGAACUUCAAGAAAUUAUUAUAAAAUGCAAAUUACAUCAAAUAAUGUGCAAGGGUUCUGAGUUUUUCAUUUCAGUUUAUUGCAUGCUUAAUCUAUUUCUGAUUAUUUGAUAAUAUCUUAAAGAUUAGAAAUCAUAUAUAUAUAUAUAUAUAUAUAUAUAUAUAUAUAUAUAUAUAUAUAUAUAUAAACAAGUUUGUUUUCAAGAAUUCUCUUGUUGGUCUGUGUGGACAAAAUGUAGAACAAUUAAGACAAAACAAACCUUCUGAUGCUCAGUAAUUUCCUAACUGUAUUUCUUAAGGCAUAGCUUUUGGAAAAUGGCAUUUAAGAUGAUUUUAGCCCAAAAGAGUUUGGGAUUUCCUCUUGGUGGGGAAAUAAAUGAAAGGAGAUGACUUUAUAGGAACAGAAGAAGGAAAAUCAGAGGGUUGGAAAUCUUCAUCCCCCUGGCACGCUGUCAGUUUUGCCAUUAACUGAGUGUAUACAGUAGGCAUGCAUAAUGCUCCAGCUCCUGCAUUAGUAUAUGUUUACCAAGUCCUUGGUUGUUUUCUGUGAAGCACAGAUAUUUCAGUUUACCUGCUUGAUUAAGAUUUAUUUUUUUUAUCUCCAUGCACAGGUACCAGAAUAAAGAGUGACAAUUCUAUGAAUAACAAGGUUUGGGUCAUUCUGAGUGUCACCUGAAGCACCUUAGAUCUACUCACACCAACAUGAAUUGAAAUGUGACUCAUGACAAGUUAACUGGUACUUGUUUAUUUGUAUUUUAAGGGUCUUAAGCUUCUGUCUUCUGUUCUGGGUCAUCUGUCAUGUUUAUAUUUGUCUAUAUGCAUCUGAACCAGCUUAUCAUAUAGGAAUAAUUAUGUAGGAUUUUAUUGUAUAAUAAAUAUAGUCAUGGAUGGAUAACCAAA